CUCGUCACUGUUGAACCCCAUGGUUAACAAAACUGUUCAAGACGCACUCGUGGCCUUUGUCGACGAGCGCGAUUGGGCGCAGUUCCACACUCCAGAGAACCUCGCCAAGAGCGUCGCCAUUGAAGCCGGCGAACUACUCGAGUGUUUCCAGUGGAGCGCCGAAUCCGAUCCGAAGCGCGUUCGAGAAGAGCUCGCAGACGUAUUGACCUACUGUCUGCUUCUCGCCAACCGCAUCGGAGUCGAUCCUGACCAGAUCGUGCUGGACAAGCUCGAAGUCACGCGCAAAAAGUAUCCCGUCGACAAGGCCCGGGGCAGCAGCGCAAAUAACACGACGGGCACCCGGGGCAAUCCGAAUAAUAGAUUGAGGGAUAUCUACGUUGGAGAAUCGCUCAACGCCGCGGGCCGGCUGCGCCAGCACCUGGAAUCACCUGCAAAACAGCAUCUGACGAAUGUUCGUGUCAUUCUUCAUGAAAGGUUCAACAAGUCGGUCUGCCUGGAUUUAGAGUCCUACCUCAUCAAGAUGUUAGCCGGCGACGGUGCCAAUCAGGUGCUCAACCGAAACAAUGGUAUUACCGAGUCCAGAUACUAUCAACGGGACAUUUACCGCGAGGGCUUCCGCAACAUUUUCGACCAACUUAGGGCGGAGGGUGUCUUCACGAGGAGUAUCGCUGAAAUCGAAAACAGCGAUCUCUUCAAGUUGUCACCCUUCAAAGCGCUGACUGAAGAUCAAGCAAAUUCAGUAGAGGAAAUUGUCAAGGGGUUCCUCAUCGACAUCGAGAGAGGCAGCAAAAGCACGAUUGUGAUCCAGGGCGACCCGGGCACUGGCAAGUCGGUGGUGGCCAUAUAUUUGAUCAAAUUGCUCGUGGACAUAAAGACACUCGACUCGCUUGAAGACCUGGACAGUGACUCACGGUUCUCCCAUUUCUUCACGGAAACGAAUCGGCGUCUGCUCCAAGGCCUCAGAAUCGGGCUGGUCGUGCCGCAACAGUCUUUGAGAGGCACCAUCAAAACUAUCUUCCGGAAGACGUGUGGACUGCACCCUGAAAUGGUCAUGACACCCUUCGAAGUGGGAGGAGCAGAUGGGACUUUCGAUCUGCUCUUGGUUGACGAGACUCAUCGGCUCAACCAGCGUGCCAACCAGCCAUCGGGAGUGCUUAACGCCAAGUUUGCAACCAUCACAAGAGAGCUCUUCGGCAGGGACGACACCAGUAAGACUCAGCUUGACUGGAUACGGGUGAAGAGCCGGCAUCAAAUCUUCCUCUUGGAUGCAGUGCAGAGCGUUCGACCAGCCGACCUGGCCCCCGAGCUGCUGUCGGACCUUGUUGCCGACGCUCGUGCUUCGGGCAGGCAUUUUCAGCUGCGGACUCAAAUGCGCGUACGGGCAGGAUCAGACUUUGUGUCUUACAUUCGCUAUAUUCUUGAUCCCCAUCCUCUCUCGGUGCCGCGGGUGAGAAUGCAUUUUGGUGAUUAUGACUUCCGAGCUUUCGACACUGUAGCAGACAUGCGCGACGAGAUUUUCCGGCGCGAUGCCGAAGUAGGUCUUUCACGCCUGGUCGCCGGCUAUGCAUGGGAAUGGAAGACGCAAAAGGACAAGAACACCUUUGACAUCGAAAUUGGAACCACACGGCUUCGCUGGAACAGUACCCCGACUGAUUGGGUUGCUUCUAGUAACUCGCUCGAGGAAGUGGGAUCGGUUCACACAGUUCAGGGAUACGAUCUAAAUUAUGUUGGGGUCAUCAUUGGUCUCGAUCUGCGAUUCGAUCCAGUCCGACGUCGUCUUUUCAUUGAUCGCGACUCCUACUUUGACAAGAAGGGCAAGGAGAACAAUCGAGCUCUCGGUAAGACCUACUCGGAUGACGACCUGCUACGAUUUAUCACACAGAUCUACGCCGUCCUCAUGACGCGGGGAAUCCGGGGCACAUACGUCUAUGCGUGUGAUCCUGGUUUGAGGAAUUAUUUGAAGGCGUUCAUUCCUUCCAGUUCCGGAAAUCCUGUGAAUUCAGCGCUACACCCAAACAGCUUCUCAGUGCCGUUAUAUUGACGAAGACAGGGGUGGUAGCCUAGGGUACUCAUCGAAUGUGGUCCAGGUAGCUGCAUGAUCGAAACACCCACCUGUACAACGUCGGAUUGCUCAUCCUCGGAACGAAAAGGCGCGCCCACAGGGCAGACACUCGGGCCGAGUUGAAAGUUUCCAUUUCCAUCCUCAUUGCCUUCCGUGCCCUCUCCCGUGUCUGCGUUACGGGAG